AUGAGGCGCGUACGUGCUGCCCUGCGGCAGUGGUGCCGCUCGAAGCCCAGCCUGCGGGUCCUCAUGGAUAACAAUAAGCAUGUCGUUGCUUAUUUAAAUGCUGUUGAAGAGUUGAGAUCGCUCUCUAUUGUUGAAGCAGCACUCACGGUUUUUGCGGCUGCCAAGGCUGAGCAACUGAUCCUUUGGCAAACUGCUGCUUGGAGUCGAAGAGCCAAGAUACGAUGGUGUGUGUCUGGGGACGAGAACACCCAGUUUUUUCACGCAGCGGCCAAUUGCCAAGCUCGUCGUAAUAAGGUCAGAGUGCUUGUUCAGGACGGGGUGGAGCAUUUUGAUACUGAUCAGAAGCUGCGGUUGGCUACGGAUUACUUCAAGGCCAUCUUGGGACAACCUGCAACUUCGAUGGACACUGUCGAUGUUGGCUCUCUUUAUACUCCGCUUGAUCUGUCGGAGCUCACAGCUGAGUUCUCCUGGGCUGAGAUUGUGCAAGCUAUCAACUGUUCACCAAAUAACAGGAGUCCGGGCCCUGAUGGUUUUACCAAUGAGUUUUACAAGGUUUUCAAAUUGCUGAUAAAGGACGAUCUCCUAAGGUUUUUUGGUGAUUUCCAUAAGAAUGAAGUGGACCUCUCGUCCGGCUUCCUGAAGGGCCGAUCGAUCGUCGAGAACUUUGCCUUGGCUACUGAAAUGAUCCAGUAUGCUCAUAAAAGGAAACUGCCAGUCAUUGCUUUGAAACUGGACUUUCACAAGGCCUUCGACAACGUCAGUUGGUGCUGCCUUCACAAGAUCUUCGAUGCCAGAGGCUUUCCACAAGUGUGGACAAACUGGAUAUGCACCCUCCUGUCUACUGGCAGUUCUAGAGUUCAGCUCAAUGGUGAGUUGGGUGCUCCCAUCCUGGCAAAGAAAGGUUUUCGGCAAGGGGAUUCUCUAUCCCCGUACCUUUUCAUUCUUGUAGCUGAUGUGCUGCAGAGGAUGUGCUGUCAGAUGUUUCAAUGCGCAGCAGGCAGAAGUCGUUAA